GGUCCCUUUUAAGGAGCUCCACCCCGGGCUGAGCCAGGGUGGAGCCGCCGGGCUGUUCACACCUCUCCGCGGCUGCGAGCGAGCGAGCGAGCGGCGCGGCGCGUGUGGGGGUUCGCGGCGCGGCGGCCGGAGCCGGGCGGGCGGCGGUGAGCAUGAUCCUGCCCGCGGAGGGGAUGAGCGCCGCGCACCCGCGCCGGAGCCCUCCCCGCGGCGCCUGGCCGUCCGGCGGGUCGGGCCACGCGAAAACGGCACCCAAGAUGAGCUCGUCGUCGCUGCUGGCCGAGGGCCCCAUCGACCCACCCGUGCUGCUCUCGGACAUCAAGAUGGAGCCCCCCGAGGAGCUGCUGGCCAGCGACUGCAGCCAGCCGCAAGCCGAACCCGUGGACCUGUCCCUCAACAAGUCGAAGCCCUUGGUGCCAGCUGCACCCCCACCCCCUGUGUCGGUCCAGUCCUCGCCCAUGCUGGUGGCUCCCCCCAUCCCGGCGCCGACCGUGUCCAUCUCGCCCUCGGGCCUGAGCUCCACCUCCGCCAUCCCGGCUGUCCUGUCUCCUGGCUCCAUCCUGGCAUCCACGCAGGGCAGCGGUGGGCAGCAAAUCCUCCACGUCAUCCACACCAUCCCCUCCGUCAAUUUGCCCAGCAAGAUGGGCAACCUACAGACUAUCCCCGUGGUGGUGCAGUCCCUGCCCGUCGUCUACACCACCAUGCCCACGGACGGCGUCACCGCCAUCACCGUCCCACUCAUCGGGGGCGACGGCAAGAACGCCGGGUCCGGACCAUUCCAGCUUCCCGUCAUGAGAAGUCCCCAGCGUUUCUUAUCGGGGGGCCUGGCCUGGAUCUCGGCUCCUCUGGGAACGGGGUGGCACCUGGCAGAGGAGGGGCAGGCAGCUGAAAGGAGCCAGCCCCCAGCAAUGGGCGAAGUGAAAAUCGACCCCAGCUCCAUGUAUCCCAUGGACAUGAACAGUGACAGCGAGGACAGCGUCUCGGAGAGCGGCCCAGCCCCCUUCCAGGACCUGCAGAGAGAGUCGGCCGUGGCGCGGAUGCAGCGGGCCGAUUCCCCCGACCUGAAGAAGCGGCGGAUUCACCAGUGCGACUUCGAAGGCUGCAACAAGGUCUACACCAAAAGCUCCCACCUCAAAGCCCACCGGCGGAUACACACAGGUACGGGUGAGAAGCCCUAUAAAUGCACCUGGGAAGGCUGCACCUGGAAGUUCGCCCGCUCCGAUGAGCUGACCCGGCAUUUCCGCAAGCACACGGGCAUCAAGCCCUUCCGCUGCUCGGACUGUGACCGCAGCUUCUCCCGCUCUGACCACCUGGCCCUGCACCGCCGGCGGCACAUCAUGAUGUGAGGAGCAAGGCCCCGAGGCACGUGACUGGGGAGACGGUGGGGGAGAGUGAAAGACGGGGGCGCUCCCCGCUCCCCCAGGUGCAGCGUAAAGACUGCAGGGCAUGGGAGCGAGCGAGGCCCGUCUCUGCCCAGCGAUGAGCGAACUGUGGCUACCUGCAUCUCCAAGAGUGGAACCACCCCCGUUACCCCCCACAGGUGCAAGAUGUAAAAAAAGAUGGUUUCCAGACUGAUCCUCCUUCUCUCUUGCUCCUGUUUCUUCCUCUUCCUGGACUACUUCUCCCUCCUUUCAACAUCUGGAGGCCCCUCCUCUAUUUCUCACCCCGGAUUCAUCCAGCAGCUGCCUCUGGACCUGUGUGUCUGCCCUUCAGCCUCUUGCCCACCUCCGCGCACGCAUGGAGACAUGCGUGUCUGCUUACGGCUCUCUUCCCCUGCACGCAAAGCUCCUCUGCUCUCAGUCCGCCGUGGAUGCAACCUCGCCUGGCUGGCAAGAUGGUGGAGACCUGGCAGGGAUGAUGGAGGCAGGGCGGGCUGUGGGAUCGGCCCCGCGCGGUCGCGCUCUGCCUCUUUCUAGGCCAUGGUACGCGCAGCAAGGCGCUGGCUCCCCUUCGCCAGCCUGCCCCUGGCUCCCUGCGUGUCCCCGUUCCCCCGCCUCGUCCCCAGCCACCUGGGUGCUCAGGAGAAGGGGUGCCCGGCUCUGGCAUGGCACCUCCUUUUGCAUCCCCCUGCACCUGCUGGGCUUCACGGGAGGUGCCGGCGGCGUGCAGGAGGGCUGCGGAAGAAAACAAAAAGCAGGAGGAGAAAAAACCCCCACCGACAAAAAAGGGAAACUUCGCGGAACGUGGAACUGUGAUUUUAUUGAGUUUUAAGGGGGGUGGGAGGGGGCAGGGAGGGGAGGGCAGGGGCGGCCAGGUCUCAGUUUUUGAAGACUAGGGGACAACUGAACCAUUUCUAACUUAAAAAGGCAGCAGCCUUCAUACA